GGACCCCUGCGAGACCUGAUCAUUUUCCCUUUGUGUCCAGACGGCGCACGGCUUCUGCCGGGCCCCCCUUGCCUGAGCGUGCAGGCCACACGUCCUAUCCCGGGUUCCGUGUCGCGUACCCCUAACGCUCAGGAAACGCUUCCGGAUGCCCGGCUAAGAUUCGAAUAAGUAGCCUGACCCGUUGCUGGUGUCCUCAGAGGCUGGCCCUGGCUGACAGCUGUGGGCCAUAGAGACGCCUCCUGUGCCCUGCCCUCUCUUUCAUCGCCUCCUCCCGCUGUCAGCGCAGCAAGCCCGGAGGGGCGCUUCCCCCGCACUCAGGUUCGAGGAUGGAGAGGAAGGUGGUCCCGAAACACCAGCGCCGCUUCCCCUCAGGGACUGGGAUCUUCUCGCAGCGUUACUUCCUCCGGACAGUUUCACUUUCAGUUCCUUUUUUUUUUUUUUGCUUCACACUUUCCUUGGAUCCGGGCUUUACAAGGCUCAUCCGCUGAAGAUUUCCCUUGGAUCCGAAAGGUUUGGGGGACCUAUGGGUAGAGAAUUGACACAAAAGUUACCCCUUUCGUGUGGGAUUUAUUUGAUUGCUUCUGCUGUGUUAGUUAAUAUGUAGCCGUUUAUUUCUGGAGGCAUCCGUCCGCUCAACCCUUUGUUUUUCCUGUCCCCUGCUUGAGUGUCAGGGUCCUAGGCAGGCGCCUUGUGGAUGGAUUCCUCUCCUAUUGUCUCUUCUUCAGAACCUGGGUUUUUUUCCCUUUUUGCUAUGGCUCAGUUGAUUUGAAGUUGUCAUGGCAACAUUUUAGCGACUCCCUCGUUCUAAGUGAAUAAACUAGACGGGGCUUGAAGAUGAUACAUUUGGGCUUUUGGAUCUUUAACUAAUGACAAAUGACAUAAAUCUGGAGACCCCAAAACAAGAGCCCUGUCACUGUAAUGGGGCCCAAGGGCCAAGCCUGGUAUUUGUGGUUCGGGAGGGCUUUCCAGUUGUGGUGGGCUCCAGGUCUUCUUUUCCUGGAUUUGAGAACAUAAAUCGUUUGGGUCACAGUUUGUGGCCAAGAAGCCGGAAGAAGCAUCAGCUGCCGUCAAAAACACUCCCAGUGUUUUUGAUAGUGGUGUUCUGAACGUGGCCCUCCCUAAACCCCAUGUCAUGGCAGGCCAUGAUGGCUUUACUAAUAAUCCGCCCGGAAAUAUACUGCUUCUCAGUCUUCCAGUAUAACUGUCCCCCGUCCACCAGGAGUGAGGCGAGAACGCAGGGCAAGAACACUAUCUGUGGAGUGGCAUUUCCAUCUCGGUAGCCCAGUCCUUAGCAUCAGAAUGGAGGAGGCCGACUGUCGCCUGCAGAUGAUUGGGUUGUGUUCCUUCCUGUGUUUUCAAGGAGCCUAAGGUCUAGAUAUAGAGAGCUGUUCAGUUUCCUAGUCACUGCAAACUCCCCGAUUUCUACCAGGACUUAGCCCUCAAGCUGUGAGUGAGGAAAUACGAAGACUUCCAAAGAAGGACCAGUUCCUCGGAUGUGCCCCAUCACAGAGAGAUGAAGGGGCAGCAGAAAACAGCUGAAACGGAAGAGGGGACAGUGCAGAUCCAGGAAGGGGCAGUGGCAACGGGGGAGGACCCAACCAGUGUGGCUAUCGCCAGCAUCCAGUCAGCCGCCACCUUCCCUGACCCCAACGUCAAGUACGUCUUCCGAACUGAGAAUGGGGGCCAGGUAAGGGAGGGGGCCAGGUGGCUGCAGGUGUCCGAGGGGCAGCUGGAUGGCCAGACCGAGGGGACUGGUGCCAUCAGUGGCUACCCUGCUACUCAAUCCAUGACCCAGGCGGUGAUCCAGGGUGCGUUCACCAGUGACGAUGCCGUUGACACAGAGGGGACAGCUGCUGAGACGCACUAUACCUACUUCCCCAGCACUGCCGUGGGAGAUGGGGCAGCAGGGUCCACGUCAGGGAGCACAGCAGCCGUGGUUACUACGCAGGGCUCAGAGGCACUGCUGGGACAGGCGACGCCACCUGGCACUGGUCAGUUCUUUGUGAUGAUGUCGCCACAAGAAGUGUUGCAAGGAGGAAGCCAGCGCUCCAUUGCCCCCAGGACUCACCCUUACUCCCCGAAGUCUGAAGCGCCGCGGACGACUCGGGAUGAGAAGCGUAGGGCUCAGCAUAAUGAAGUGGAGCGUCGCCGCCGAGACAAGAUCAACAACUGGAUCGUGCAGCUGUCCAAGAUCAUCCCCGACUGCUCCAUGGAGAGCACCAAAUCUGGCCAGAGUAAAGGUGGAAUUCUGUCCAAAGCCUGCGAUUACAUCCAGGAGCUUCGGCAGAGCAACCACCGGCUGUCUGAGGAGCUGCAGGGGCUUGACCAGCUUCAGCUGGACAACGAUGUGCUUCGGCAGCAGGUGGAAGAUCUUAAGAACAAGAAUCUGCUGCUGCGAGCCCAGCUGCGGCACCACGGGGUGGAGGUGGUCAUCAAGAAUGACAGCAACUAACGGGUUCGAGGCUUUGGGCCCUAGGGCCCCUUUCCUAGGACUGCACAUCGCCCAGAAGCAGCAGGCUAACCCCAUGCCCCUUUCCUUCGCUGCCCACUUCUGGCACGAGACUGGGGGUUCGGAGGCUUGGAGGCAUGUCUUGGGAGGCCCUGCGAUGCUCAGCCUGCAGUGGUGUGAAGCACGGGGGCGUGCACGGACAGCCUCGCCCAGCCCCCUGCCACACAGCCCCUGGGUCCUUGCGGGCCCCUCGCACAGUGCACGUGCUGUCUCCGUGCUGCGGAAAGGACACUCGAAAGUGGGGGCUGGCCCAGAGCUCGCUUACAGGACCAGCAGAAAGUCCGCGAUGCUCUGGCUGCCCCAGGACUCUGGCACUUCCUGUGACUCUGCCUGUCCCUGGAGCUCAGAGGUGCACCUGUGGACACUGGGGCCAGGCUGUAGCCAGAAGUGGAGGAAUGGCGUUGAGCAGAGGCUGCUGCCCCAGGAAGAGAGGCCUAUGCCGACGUCUGGAGCCUGGGGGGACCACAGGCAGGGGCUCACGGAAGGGGGGGCACUUCUCCCUCGUGGGGACAGUUUCUUUUUUCCCUUUUCUUUUUUCUUUUUUAAGAUAAAAUGUUCAGAGCCCCA